AUGGAUAGUGAAAAAACUUUUGAAUCCAUCCCAGAUGAUCUCUUUCUAGAGAUCUUCUCGAGAUUGUCUUCAAUAUUAAUCGCUAGGUGUCGUUGCGUGUCGAAGCGUUGGGCGUCAAUACUUUACCGUAAAGAUUUCACUGAGUUAUUCUUGACUAAGUCAUCCGCUCGUCCACGUCUCUUAUUUGCCGUCGAUAAAGGUUUUCAGUUUUACUUCUACUCCUCUCCUCAGUCUCAGAAUCAGUCGACCCUUGAAGUAGAUUUUCAUACGAACGUAGGUGUAGGUAUAAACGAAAACCUUUGUAGCUAUGAAUCUGGUUUGAUCCAUGUCCAUGUCACUGAUCUUUGGCUCUCGAAGAAGUCCUUGUGUGUGAUAUGUAACCCUAUCACGAGACGGUAUGUUAACUUACCCGAACUGGACAAGUACAAAGACUCGAGAAGCUCUUUAGGGUUUGAUCCGAUUGAUAAGCAGUUUAAGGUUUUGUUUAUGCACAACAAUGGUGAAUGGGUACAUCAUGUUCUGACAUUAGGAACUGAAGAUCUGAGGUGGAGGAAGAUCCAGUGUCCCUUUACCUAUGGACAUUUUGGUCUAGCAAAAUGCAUCAAUGGGGUUUUGUAUUACUUGGCUAGUACAUUUGGUGGAUCUUCUGGUCGGAUAGUUUGCUUUGAUGUUAGGUCUGAGAAAUUCAAGUUCAUUGACGGGAAACACUUCUCUUCUACGUCAUAUACAGAUUUGAUAAAUUAUAAGGGUAAAUUAGGUGGGGUUAAUUUGGAUUAUGAUUGUGAUAGGAGCUGUUACUGUGAGAUGUAUUUGUGGGUUCUAGAGGAUGUCGAGAAACAGAAAUGGUCGAGAUAUGACUACUCUUUGCCGACAACUCAAACCUGUCACUUUAGGUUCGAUAUGCACAUUGCUGGGAUGACUGCUACUGGUGAAUUUGUUUUCGCCGAGUUUCAUACAUGUUCAAGCAAAUCGUUUAAUGUUAUCUACUUCAAUCCCGAAAAGAACACUCUCCAAAGUGUUAACAUCCAAGGUCUUGAAGGUAACAAUGGCUAUAUGUACAGCAGGGUUAAUACCUUUGUAGACUAUAUAGAGGAUCUUAGUGCUAAUGAUUUAAAGCAUAUUACGUCAAAACCACGACAACGUCGAGAUACAUCUCGUGAACUCAGCAGGUCUGCUCCAUCUACAAAGAACAAGCAGACAAGAAGCUUCCUCCAGAACAAGUAUGAAUUACUAGCUAACUUAGAGUGAGGAUCUGAUCUUGGAAGCCAAUUAAGCGAAAGAGUCUGGCUAUAAUUUGGUUGUGGUGUGUGUGACUUUGUUAUUUACAGGUUACAUACAUACGUAUGAGCUCUGUCACUCUGUUUCCUUAGCUAUUUCAAAAACCUUUUUUGUUUCCUGGUUAUAAUGUCCUAAUUGUGAGAGCAUGCAAAACUAAUGUUGAAUCAUA